AUGUCCCCAGUCUCCAAAGCCACAUCCCUCAUCCUUCUAAUCAAAUCAUUAAUGUCUAAAAUGUAUGAUUUAAUGUUUCUUACUGUUAUUUUGGUUCAUUUGGGCGUAACGUCUUUGAUUGCUCACAUCAAAGUUGGUAGUUUCCAGGCAGCUUUAGAGGCAAAAUCUAUGGUUCUCAAUGACAAAGUGUGCGGUGAUGACGUUUGCACUCCGGAUGAAAGUUGUGCUUUAUGCCCAGCAGACUGUGGUCCUUGUCCAAUGUCUACAUCUAUAAAAAUUGCUAUUUUGCUUCCGUUGAGCUUAUUCUGCGCUGGAUUCAUAUUUGCAAUUGUGUGGUUGCAGUAUCAGAAGAGAAAGAUGCUUUGGGAUGAAAGCUGGAUUCUUUCUGCGAAAGAUUUACCAGAAGAUGAGUUUCAAAUGGGUCUCGGCAGCACUGUCAGUUUAAGACAAUAUAAUAACAAUGCUCCUUUGGGUCAGUGCUUAGACAUAGCCCCCAAUACCGUACUCAUAGGCAGUUCUACUGAGAGCUUCAUGCAGACCGGCCAAUAUGAUGGACGCAGAGUUGCAGCCAAGAGAAUAUAUAAGAAUAAUUUUACCAUAUCUAAGACAAUUAGAAAAGAGGUUCAACUUGUUCGGAAGCUGGAUCACCAGAAUAUAUGUAAAUUUUUUGGUGGAUCUGUAGAGGGAAAUAUUUACAUAAUUACUGAAUAUUGCCCUAAAGGUAGCCUUGCAGAUGUUCUUCUCAAUGACAAUGUCCCUCUAAACUGGGGAUUUAGAUUAUCUUUUGCAACAGACAUUGCUCGCGGAAUGGCAUAUUUACACCAUCAUAAAAUCUACCAUGGGAGGCUCACAUCUCGUAACUGCGUCAUAGAUGAUCGAUGGGUUUGCAAAAUAUCUGAUUAUGGAUUGAUGGUUUAUCGAAAAGAUGAUUUGACUGAGAAAAAAAUAUCUUACAUCUACUGCCCUCCAGAGGUCAUACUAAGUAACAGCGAAGUUGCCCCAACACCAACUGUUGAUAUAUACAGUUUUGCCAUUGUCCUGGUUGAAAUUGCCAGCAGAUGUGACCCCUUACCGGGAGAUGCUUACCUGGGAGAUGUUACCUGGCGACCACCUAUUCCUGACCUCAGCAGUAGCAAAUUUGAUCAAGAUUGUCCAGAUCAAGCAGAUUUUUCUGAGUUGGUUAAAAAAUGCUGGGCGCCGAAUCCCUGGAUGAGACCACCUUUUGAACACAUAAAGAAAUGUCUAGACCGGAUGAACCCGCAUAAAGUGAGCCCCGUGGACAUGAUGAUGACUCUAAUGGAGAAAUACAGUAAACACCUGGAAGCUAUUGUAGCAGAACGAACCCAGGAUCUCUUACAAGAAAAGCAAAAAACUGACCGUCUGUUGUAUAGUAUGCUCCCCAAACCUGUAGCUGAUGAUCUCCGCCAAGGCCUCAAUUGUGAAGCUCAGACCUAUGCUAAUGCUACAGUCUUUUUCAGUGAUAUUGUAGGUUUCACUUCACUGUCUGGGGCCAGCACGCCCUAUCAAGUGGUCAAUUUCUUGAACAAGCUCUACACGCAGUUUGAUGAUAUCAUUGAUAACUAUGAUGUCUACAAGGUUGAAACGAUUGGAGAUGCAUAUAUGGUUGUAUCUGGAGUGCCAAAAGAAAACGGAUUAAAUCAUGUGGCAGAGAUUGCUAGCAUGGCUUUAGAUCUGGUAGACGUCUGCCACUCCUUUAAGAUCCCACAUCUACCUGAUACAAAACUGAAGAUCCGAGCUGGGGUACAUUCAGGAUCUGUAGUUGCUGGAGUAGUUGGAACUAAAAUGCCUCGUUAUUGUUUAUUUGGAGAUACAGUGAACACAGCUUCAAGGAUGGAGUCUACAAGUGAAGCCUUAAAAAUCCAGUGCACUUCCAGUUCAGCUGAUCUUCUCCAUAAAAUUGGGGGAUAUAUUCUCACCUGUCGUGGGACUUUAAAUGUAAAGGUAAGUUUUAAAUAUGAAAUUGAUUGGUCACUUUCAGCCAUACUUGUAAAAACAAUCUUGUGA